AUGGACGGAUUCCAAGUCAGACUCCAACUAGUCUCGAUCCUGCGCAAACUGACCUCCUCUCAGAACUCGAUCCAGUCAACCAUCCGAUUCCUGCUCAAGCACAAGGACAAGUAUGGCGAGGAUCUGUGGGACUGUCUGGUCGAAGAAGCCGAGAAGGUGAACUUGAACGCAAGGAUCAAUAUCCUCUACCUGAUCGAUGGCCUCCUGUUCACCUCCUCGACAGCCCUGCUGACGAGCCACCAGGACUACCAGUACAAGGCGCGGACGAAGCCUGCAGGAAGCAGCACCACCUCGCCGGCCUUCAACCAAAACCUGAGUCUCACCAGCAGCUAUCCCAGCCCCUCCUCCUCCAUCCCCGUCGACCCUGCCCGCGCCCUGCCGCAGCGGAACCUGGCUCCCUCAUCCGCCGGGUUCAACUACGGCUACCUCAUCAAGAAGGAUAUCGCUAGGCUCGUCGAAAUCGUCGUCCCCACUAGCUUCAAUAAAAAGGGCCUCCUCAACCUCAUGAGUACCCUCCAAGUAAUCAAGAACUGGAAAUCUCAAAUCUCCCUCAUCGAACAAUUCCUGAACAUCGACCAACUCGAACAAAUCGACAAGAUCUUAAACAAUCGUAAACAGAUUUUGGGUAAAGACGAUGGAGAGCAUAAAGGCCUAGAUAACGAACUACUCGACUUCUCGAAAAAGGAGAUCUUGGAUCGGAUCGAUGAUGACAGGGAGCGACACAAACGACUGCGGGAGCGAAUCUGGGUAUUGCCGAUCCCUUCGAUCGCGACCCUAUCGCCGAAGCUGACGAACGGGACCCAUCCGGCCUCGACGUACACCUACCACCGCUCGGCGACGCUUCUGCACACCUCCUUGGUCGCAGCAGCCUCGGCCAUCGAGCGCCCCGUUGGGCCCCACAUCGAGCUCGACCUCACCGUCUCCCUCGAAUGCGACCAGCUCAUCCAGGCUAACCUCGAAGAUACUGGCCUAGAUGGCCUCGAAGAUCACGAUUGGUCCGCUAUCAAAUUCGAUAAUCAGCGCUGCUUCGGACCUCCUUCACACAGACUUCAUGAUCAGCAGUUCGUCGAUUUUUGA